CAAGGCGAGAGCGUAAUGUAUGAAACCGAGCGCUAGCUGACUUUUCGCAUGUGCGUCGCGCGCCGUUGGAGCUCGGAGCUGCCGUGGACGCCGAUGUGGUAGAGCAACGAAAAUACACUGGACGAGAGCGAAUUCCCCAGGGCUCCGGCCGCGGGAAGGAACUGCGUCCGCCGAGAUGUUCAACGUCGAGAAGCAGCAGCAGUUCGGAAGCCUCCUCAGUCAUUCUCAUUAUCAAAACAACAUCGUCUCCGCUGCAGCAGCACGACAGCCCUGCAGCUCCAGCAUGGUGGCGAUGGGCCGCAGGGGCUCGGCUGGCGAAAGUGCGAGUCCGGACCCGAUGGCCGGCGUCGGUGGGGCCUCCACAAGCUCUGGUGACGAGGCGUCUACCGACUGCAAGGACUCGGCCUACGUCUCGAGCGAGGGGCUCAUGGACACAAGCCCACCUGUGACAUCGGCAUGGUCCCAGUUUCCAGCCGGUACCGAGGGGGUGUUUGACCGGCUGACUGAGCUGGCCAUCAUCGCCACAAGCCCCGAGAGCCCCCUCCUGAGGGACUCGCCACCACUCAUCCACCCAGCCUCAUCAUCAUCAUCAUCAUCCACUGCAGGGGCACCACCACCACCACUGUCACCGCCGGGGCGCCAACGAUCGUUCAGCCUGUCGGCAUUGCAUUCCUAUGCACGGCCACCCCUGCCCCCUCGCUUGGGCCAUGCUGUCUCGCACUACCCACCUGGCUCGGGUCCCCAUGGCACCCAGCCUAUGGGUAUCAUCGAUGACAGUCCCAGAGCACUGCCCCUCACUCCCGAAGACCGGUCGGCUGCAUACACGCUCAGUACUAUGGCCAAACACUGCAUAUCAGCGUCGGUGCCAGCGCCCGCACCACCACCUGCGCCCUCGGAACCUGCGGCUGUAUCGGCGCAGUGCUCGCCGUCCAAGAAGUCUCUCAACCCACGCACCCGCCACACAUCAUGCCCAGACCCCGCCAAGCCCCGACGACCCAUGAACGGCUUCAUGCUGUUCGCCCAGAAACACCGUGGCGAGUAUUCCCACAUGCACCCUGGCAAGGACAACAGGGCCAUCAGCGUGAUGCUGGGUGACCAGUGGCGCAAGAUGAAGUCUGAAGAGAAGAAGCUCUACUCUCAAGAAGCCAAGGUUCGUGCUGAUGAGGUCAAGAAGGUCCACCCCGACUGUUGGAAGCGCAAGCGCUCCUACUCCACCAGUAUCUGAACGUGCUGUUCCGCCAAGCAACUCGCACGGUCUACUCUCUGGGCUUUCGCUUUCGAAGAAGCCCUCGCCUUCCACUGUCGGGCCUCCCUCUCGGCAAGGACAUGCUGCCAUUGGAGAAGCAGGGCCUGAUUUCAUGUUGCCAGAUGCUCAAUGGGAUGCACGGGAUCACGUCGCGGAGACUUGUUAAACUGUGUGGAAGCGCACAACUUCACGCGCGGGGACAUGCGGCAAAACCCCAGUUGCGCCGAAUCACGGCUACGGAAACCUGAUGUUUGUACAGAAGGCAGAGGUCGCUCGGGCUCCCGGAUUGAGCUUUAAAAGCCUGAUGCGAGAAAGCCCGUGGGUGCUUAUGUGCAAGCCCGUUGCUGCGAAGUCUUGCUAAAAGGCCUGUGAUGGCUCAGUUGGAUAUGAGUGGCGAGACUGUAACGAAGGAGGCAUGUGCUGACUGGUUUAUAAGGUUGCAGCACCGGAGCAGCGGCGCCACACAUCUGAAGCCGUACGGUGUCACAUGGUGCCACAACCGUGUGUCAGAAUCAACUGUUGCGUCUUUGUGUGUGCUUCCGACUUGUGCAAGACGUGGGGGCUGCUACAGGAAACCACCCCUUGCGAUUGUCGUGUUGUCGUUCGUCUGUUCACUAUGGCAUGUCUGAUGGAGCGAGACAGCAGGGGCGGCUUACUCACUGACUGCAGCUUCUGCUACUUGCUUCUUUCCGUUUUCUGUGCAUCAUAUCUUCUUGGAGCUGCACGCAGCCAGCUGUUCUUGUGUUUCCCUGUGAUCAGGGACUUUUCGUGUUUCGGGAACUGAUCUUGAGCCGAAUUCUUGGCUUUCCUCGUGGUGCUGUCUCACUGAACUCCUGUGCUCUUGAUCAUUGAACUCGUGCACUUGGCUGGCUUUUUUUUUUUAAUGCAAUUUUGACACAGCUGCUUUCUUCUCCUUAUGAUUGUGUCUUUCAUCUGAUCUGCAGUUCAGGUGAUAGAUUGUAGCCAUGCAAGAAAGGUUGGCCUCCGCUCAACCUUGCAAGCCCUCUGGAUGGCUUCCCCUCCCUCGUUUCUCGUCCUUAAGUGUUUCUGGGGUCUGAGAUACUAUCCUCACUCGACAUCUAGCACGCAUGGAUGAAUGAAAGGCGGUAGAAGUGGUGUGUUGCACCCUACUCUCGGCAACGUUGUCCAGCUGUGGCUUCCCUGCAUGACCGUUCCCUUUUUUUCUCCUCCAACGCCAUCCCUCCUUUCCGUGCCUUCGCGAAAGUAAUCAUCGGAGGUGAAACGGAUACAGGUGUGGUCGCCAUGCGCUGCCCUCUGGUGUGUGGUAGCCCCGUGGCAAAGUUCAGCCACAUUGAAUCAUCUUGCAGCAACAUUUUACUCCUAGCUAUGGGAGCUUUUUUUUUUUUUUUUUUUUUGCUUUCGGGGCAGUCAUUUGCUGGUUGGGUUCGCUUCUGCUGGGUUGAGUAUGCUUUUGCUGGUCGCAAGGAACUUGUGCACAGUUUGUCUGGAGCAUCAUUUUAGGAGUGGUCCUCCCGUCUUCAAAUUUUUUACCUUUUUUCUUUUGCCCCGCUAUUCUCCGGUUCUCUAUCUCUCAGUCGUCGCUCUGUGUUUGUUUGCAGUGAAAGUGUCUUUAAAUGGUAGACACCGUGCCGGAAGCAUGCAGGCGGUUUGCAUUCUUUUUUAUCAUUGUUUCGCUUUCUUGUAAAUAAGAAGGCCUUGAUUCUUUUUUAAAGUAUUUGUGCAAAAUGCAUUGCAUGUACAGGGUGAGAAAUGAGGUUUUAUAAGCAGUGGUCCUCGCUGGUCAUUUUUGGCUUAAGUUUUCGCUGCUGGCAAAGCCUCGCCUUGAAGCGAGAGUUACAAGGCUGGAGUUUGCUUGUCAUGUCAACUUUCUUUAUCUUAGUUGUGCACGAAAUUUAUGAGCAGUGUCAAUUCUACCUAAUUUGAACAGGGAAUUCAAACAGAGCGUUCCCUGGAUUUUGGAUCGAAUGUACCAAUGCAGCAGGAGUAUCCUGAAAAUUUUCAUUGAGUGCCACUUCAAAUGACGAGUUUGCUGACUGGUUGAUUCUAAGUCUUGGAUUUUAGGCUGACUCCGAAGCUACUAACGACAUAUUUCAGGUCUAAGGCUGAGCACAAGGUUGCGGGAUCGAAUCCAGGCCGCGGCGGCCGCAUUUCGAUGGAGGCAAAAUGCAAUAACGCCCGUGUGCUUGCGUUGCAGUGCACGUUAUAGAACCCAAGGUGGUAAAAAUUAAUCCGGAGCCCUCCACUAUGGCGUGCCUCAUAAUCAGAACUGGUUUUGGCAUGUAAAACCCCAGAAAGAAGAUGACAUAUUUUAGGUGAAUGUGAUAUACCUUUUAGCCAGGUUCUUCCAGAGCACAGUGGACAAAGAAAAGGUUUCCGAAGAAACACUGAAAUAUCAAGAACUCUGUGCAAAAAAGUGCGAGUACUGAUGUUUGACUUUGGAGGCCCUUGGUGGCAGUAGGAACAUCGAAAUUGUAUGUUUGUUAUAGAUUGAAGCUUUUGGCAGAUCAGUUACUGCCGAGCUAAGACUGUGGCAUCUUGGAAAUUUGCACAGAGUUAGCUCGUCCAAAAUGAACCGGCUGCUCUUCGAACCGGGACACUUUAACGGAUGGUGUCAUAAUCUGUUCCCGUCUCGAAAAGUGCAAAAGGAGUUAGUUGCGUGACUCCGCCGCAAGUUUGCCAAGUUAUGAUUAUGUCCUGGUUUCCAAACUUGCACGCUCCUACGGGUGCUGCUGCGUAUGCAUCUGUUCAAGAUGUCUUAUGCUAAUGGGAUAUCCCGAUUCAUUAGCAUGAUUCGUAAUAUGCUGAGGGAUUACGCCGCAGGGCAUCUGUGAGUGAUGGCUACGCGGGCCGCUACAGCGUCAUAAGUGGCAGGGGCCAGGAGGAUGUAGCGAUUCUAUUUCAGUUCUUUUGUUUUUCUCACUCAUUUAAGCACUUAUCAUGAGGAUCAGUCAAUCAUGAGUGACAGAUGACAAGAUAGGAAGAGUAGAGCCAAGUGAAAGAAAUCCUAUCUACUCUAGUGGCUGAGGUUUAAGUUGUGUGCAGUAUUGGUGGCCAUGCAAAUGGGAGCGCUUGCCAGAGGGUGUUCUGCAAAGCAUUGCUCGAUUCACUUGGGCCACGUUUUUCUCGUUUGUUUCCCCCCGGGCCAUUUUGUUUUGGAAACUCAAAAGAGGGCACUUGCGUCAAAAGAGUCUGGUGUCAGCCUGUGAAAUGUGCUGCCGUGUAGAGAUGCUGGGAAGGCCAGACAACUUCAGGUUGCUAGUCAGGCCAUGCCGAGGCAACAGCAACAGCAUCAACAACAAAGGAAUAAUCAAGUACAAAUUUGCAUUGGUCGUUUUCGAGAGACCACUGGCAAAACAAAGAGAGUUUUUAUUUGUAUAAGGGAGAAGAUAAAUGAGUUUGCACACGUUCGUGUGCCAAUGUUAUCUUAGUGCUCGUGCCAAAAUGUUUGCGCAAUGCUCGAGUCUCGCGCCGCCACAUGAAUCACUGUAGAGUGCGGCGUGCAUCCCCCGCUCUUAUCAAGUCACGAGAUAAUUUUUUUUUAAAUUUUAUUUUACAAACGCGGGUGAGUCGUCUCUGCAAAAGCAUGCCAGCGUCCAUGUUAUUAUGUUUUGUGACAUGCUGUUUCUUUUUCACUUGUAACAUGUCUUUCUCUUCUUUUUGCCUUCAAAUAGAACAAGAAGAGGCGCAGUGUUCAAAAAAACAAUUUCUUGUUUUACGCUUGAGCAAGUCAUGGAUUUAUAUUUUGCUCCGAGAAAGCUGCGCGCACAACAAAGCAUAGAUGAGUAUUUUUGGCAUCGCGGAUCACCAGCGUCGUCGUGUUGAUAUUUUUUGCAGUGGUCUUAUUCCUUUUUUUUUUUUUUUUUCAGAGGUGGUGGCUCGUGUUUCUCUUUGUGGGUGUGUCCAUUCUUGUUGGCCAUUGUUGCACAGCAUGUUAUGGGAGCGCGUAACUAACUUCCCCGUGAUGCCAUUAUUCGCUUUCUUAUUUUGCAUAUUUUUCAGUUUCGUUGAUUUAUUUGUUGAUCUGUUUACCUUUUAUUACCUUCUCCGCACUUGCAUGUCUUGUUUGCACUGCUUGUGUUGCUUGCGAUUUAGUCCAAUUAUUGCUGUCUUUUUCGUUAUUCCUUUUUUUUUUUUUUGUCUACACCGUUAGUCUACCACUCUGGUCCUUGUUUUCUACAUAGCCUGCUCUCUGUUCCAUGGAUUUUCCCUUGUGUUGGGCCAAUGGGCCAAAAAAUUUAUUUUUGAACCCCUCGUUACCAACUCACUGAUUGAUGUCACUUCUCCCUCCGGUGCCGUUUUAUGCUUUUGUUGCUGUCAUCCAUAAUUUUGCGUGCACUUGCAUUCACCAGUGUCGUCGACAGAAAGGCUUCAUUGUCAUGCUCGUUUUCUUGCUUCCUGGUGGCUGGAGGUAUUGCUGCGGCCAUAAGUCGCCAGCUUUCUGUAUACUUAUAUCAGCCUCCUUUUUGUAACUUUUGAAGACACCAGGUUUUCUCUGUUUUGCAACAGCCGUGUAACGCUCUUGCACAUGGUUUUAACUCCAACAUUGUCAGUCUCGGGUCGUAUUUGGGUCACCAGCUGUCGUGUGCGUAAAAGCUCCUUAGCAACUAGGCAAGCUCAUUGCAUCAAAGUGGUAGUCCACUUGCUACUUCCGGGAGCUGGUGUACAUACUCAUUUCGUCGUAAACUUGUUUUUGCGUGGCCUCUGGAUAAACGCAGUCUUCAUGAAUGGUUUACUACAGGCCUCGUUUAAAAGCUUCUUAAAAAAUGUCUUCCCUCUCUCGUUUGGGUUCAAAUACUUUCUAUGCAAGGAAAUGUUUCUGCUUCAAAACUACUUAGCAUGUGCUCUUUUAAUGAUUCAAACUACUUCCACAAGUUGGACUAAACCUUGCAGAAGCUUUCCUGCCAUGCAUGACUGUGAUGCUGAUGUGAGGACCAAAGUGACGAUGUGGACUGCCCCCAUUGAAAAAUAUUGGGCAGGGAUUUAAUUAAGAUGUCCAGCCUAGUGAUGGACGCACACUGGAAAAACAGUUGAUUAUCGGGUGUCCCCUUUCUUUUCUGCCAGCUGCACAUGGUGGCAUGUUCCACAAAAAACCCUUCUGUCGCUCUUAAUCCCAAUAGCCUAUCUUAAGUGACGCUUCUUAUUGGAUAAGUUUUUCACCCAAACCUCUUCUGGCUUUGUGUGUAUAAAGGCCACUGUAUGUUUGCUGUGUGCCAGAAGCACAACUGCUUGGAUGCAACACAAGCUAAGCGGUGUCCGCGUAACGCAAGCUCGCGAGGGGACCUAAGGUGCAGACUUGUUUGCAGGUUGGUCUCCUACAAGUGCAGUCAAUAGGAUUUGUGUUUGCUAUGAUUUGUGCCAAAACGAUGACACAGUUCCAUGUGGAGCAUAGAAAUCGCACAUCACUGGAAGAGAUGGAGUAAAGCCUUCUUGAAUUUCGAACGCACAGCUGCUCCACGUAGUGUGGAACCUGGUUCCCAAGCCAUGCCUAUAAGCGUCUUAGCUUUUCCAUCCUCUGCUGUAUAUGUUUGGUGCUGAAAUAAUUGUUGCGCUGCUAAGACAUUUAGAAACAGGCAAGUAAACUUGAAAAAAGGAGCAACAGAAUCAGAUAAAAAAACUACCAAAUGAAGUAUUUUGCGCAGCGAAAUCAGUAUCCAAUGGGGAGUAAAUACUGAAGAUAUAAUUAAGAAAGGCCUUUGGUAACAAAUACUUGUCUAGAUGCAUCGCAGUAAUGAUGCGAUCAAAGUGUUUGAACUGUGGAGAACCUCUUGAACUCUGAUGUUUUGUAUAUCUGUACAUACACACACAGAUACAUUUGGGCAGCCUUUGUAAAAGGUACUAAAUCACCUGUUUGGCAUGUAACAGAAGUUGUAGUUCAAUGUGCAUAGCGGGUGUGCUCUCGAGUCCCUGGAUUACGAUAUGUACGGUGCUCUCGGCAACGAUUGAAGUGUGAGCAACGGAAUGCUUGGCUUCUUGCACAGCCUAGCACAAAACGAGUAGGCAUGAAGGUGCCUGACCAACUUCAGUGUCUCACGAGUGGUGUUCAUAACAUGUCAGGUUUGUUUGAAAAUUCUCAUGCCCAUUGGUAUUUGCUAGGCUGUGCGAAAACCAGUCACUCUGAUGCUCACAUUUCAAGCGUUGCUGACACCACCUGAGGGCAACAGUUGUUUUCACUUUCCGACUAUUGGUGCGCAAUAGGAAGGCACACCGGGUGGCUCAGAGUUACCCAGCAGUCAUAUACCAGAUGACCUGAUUACUUUUAAAAGAGACGGUACAGUACUCAGCAAAUGUAAUGUGAUUCAUAUUCAUAUUUAUGUGCACUCGGAUGUCAUGAUACUGAUAUACAGAAACAGUUGGGACCCAUAGCCUAUUUUCAUUGUGGGUUCCAACACGAAAGCACAGUUGAAAUAAUGUUAACAUGUGGCUUUUAGGGCCCUAGUUUCGAGGUGCUGGGGAAUGUCUAACUAGUGGCCAGUUCAGAACAUGGUAGAAGAUGAAAUUGAGCACUGACUCUCUCAUUUGGCAUUUACUAAAUGUCUCGACUACAAAGCACACCUUGAUUUUUCAGUCUUGCUUUCUUGCACUCACCUCCUAUGCCUUGUGUGCCUCUGUAACACUCUCAUCACCGUUUGUCUCUUCACUAACUUUUAUCACUUUCUUUUUAUUGCUGUCCAGUCAAGGAAGGAUGUUGUGAGAAAACAAGAAAUAGGUGUGUGGUCAGCCUGCCAGAAAGUGCCAGCACUGCCAGCACAUUGAAAUGUGGUAGCUGUUGCGAAAUGUGUAAUUGCAGCGUGCACUCCAUUCACAUUUAUUACUUGGAAAAUAAAGACACCAGCCUGUCUCUGCAUUUCAAGGUGCACGGCGUUGCCGGCAUUGCGGGCAGGUGCACGCACCAUUAUGCACAGCUACUGUCAGAUGCCAGUGCUGAAUUUCAAUGCCAUCCGAGUAUUGAACAACGAAAACUAGCUGUUUGCUGCAUCAGUUGUGACACCGCCUCAUCAGGCGAGACGGUGCACCUGUCUGUCUUUCCUCAUGUUUUUUGGUGGCCACGGUUGAACGUCGAUGGGUUAAUCAGUGCUUUUCGAAAAACUACCUCUUGCACAUAAGUUUAUGUCACAUGGCUGAUUAUGGAAUGCCGCAAUUUAUCCCAUUUCACUUGUUGAGUCGUGUACUUGUUUCUUGCAUGCCUUGAAGUGGACUUCGGCGGUCGUUGAGUCACAUUUCCUACUAAAGAUGCAUGUUAAACCAGUGGAUUGUAAAUUAGGUGCCUACAAAGGUGUUUCAAAAGGCACACAUCACAUUGUUUUGCUUGAAGAAUCUCCUCAGGCACACUUGUGACAUCACAGAACAAGGCAGAUAUGGGGUCAAAGAAAGCCUGGUAAGCCGAGAUGUUCGUUAUGAUACCACCCUUCUUGGUGUGAGCGUGCAGCAAGCAUCUAUUGCUACACCUUCGUGUAUGAUACACCUGCUUUUUCAGCGUCACCUGCAUCUGGUGUAAUCUCGCUCAUCUGUAAUAUAGUAACUUUUGAUAACACACUGGUUCUCAGUCUAUUUUCUUUUUGAGGGAUGUUUAGCUGCAGUAAAUUUGGGCAAUCUGUCUAAUUCAAAGUUAGCUCGCGUGUGUCAUUCUAAUUUCUAGUGCCAAUCAAUGCAUCCAACAGGGCUGUGCAAGGACACCUUGCAAAAAAGUGGCGUGGCAGAAGCUGCUGUCCUGCCACUUUCUCUGCAUGGCCACAUUCCCUGGAGCAGCAACCAGAACAGACAGUGAGACUGUGUAACAGGGUGCACUCGUAACAAGUUAACUGUUUGUAACUGACAAUGAAAUGCUGGCCAGCUAUAUUUUAUUUGUUAGCAAGCAUGCCAACGUUACUCGUUAAACUAGUUACGUGAGUAGAUCAAUUCUAAUACUACAUCACUGGUAAAGUAUCUGGCUACAUGUGCAUUCUGUUGGAAAAGUGUUACGAUUGCCGUUUUCACUGAUGAAGCAUGCCAGCUACUGCUUGUUGGUGCUACGCUCACAGCCACUUGCCUGCAACAAGGAUGAACUUUCAUUUGCUGCCAAAGGCUGCCAUCAAAAGUUGGUGACUGUAGUUGCAACAUACAGUAGCUGUCAAGUUCUGGUGGCAGAAGCAGUAGUGAAUGCCUGUACAGCAGCUUUAACAACCGUCCGGAAGAAGCUGUGCAAGAACAAGACAUCGCAGUAUUGUAUCUCUCGGCGCUCUCGCCUCUUGUACAGCUUUAUCAUCGCCGAGAACCGUCGCUCACUCGUGUCAGACAGGCUAGCUUGUCAGGCUGCUUGUAUGAGCGUUCAGGUUCUCGCUUUUCUGAACUUGAUUUUCACUGCAUGUCAGGGCUGUUAAAACUGUCAGGAAAGGCUUUAGUUGGAUGAAAGCAUUCUGCAAUAACAUUGGAAGAGUGGCACGUGCACGUAUGCUCCAUUUGUAGAUUUGCCAUACAUGCAUGCACUUGACAUGGAAUUGUGUGCUCUUGAUCAACUACGGACAGAACAAAACUGUUUUCUGUUUUUGGCAGCCUGAAAUUGGGAGUAGCCUUAUCAACAAAUAAAUUCAAUUUUGGUACUGCUACCAGCUUGUGAUUUGAGCGUAUAUUUACAGUCUAACCUCGAUAUAACGAACCUCGAUUUAACGAAAUUCGCGAUGUAACGAAGUAUUUUUAUUUCCCCAUCUUAGUUAUAUUGAAUUAACGAAACAUCGAUAUAACGAAAUUGUACUUGUAGUGAAACACUUCGUUAUAUCGAGGUUUGACUGUAGUGCUGAAGUGACUCAUCAGACUGUUCUUUCUUUCCUCGCAAAGUUUCAUGGCGCACACACACUCGGGUGUCCCAAAUGAUUUUGAGUGCAGCACAAUAUUUCGACAAAUAUUUUGCUAAAUUGUGAAAUUAUGCUUCUGGAGUGCGUGAAUUUUAGCCUAGCGUCACUGUUGUGUAAAUACUGCUUACCGCCAGCUGCGUCUGCGUGAGUUUUCCCAUGCAUGUGCACAAGGACGGAAAUAGUGCCAGCAAUUGUAAUGGUGCAAUGGCAACACUGAGCUGCAAUACUCUGCUGAAAAUAAUCAGUCUGGGCGUCAGCGAAGGGUUGGUAUAUCAGAAACUACAUAGGAACAAAAAGUGGGUGGAUAGACUGCACUAAAAUUCCUAUGCAAGCUUUUCAAAACCUUACAGAUAAUGGCAGUGUCUGGCUGAAGCUAGUUCAUAGUUUAUUAAUGAGGAAAUAAUUGCACAAGCAUUCGAAAAUGAGCGUAUGCUCAACCUGGCAACUCUCACUGUAGAGCUAUUGUGUACAAAAGGAGGGACACAAAUAUGAGAAGGUAUGGCAAAACUCAGGACAUCACCAUGACACUGCAAAUGCUGCACUUUGGUUUCAUAUCAGCACUUCAUAUAGACUCCAAGAAGCAAAGGACAAUGCUAUCCUUCGAGUGAAGUGCUUACUGUGCUUCCCUUGGUGAUUGCUGAGCGAAUACUUUAGAACCAGGCACUCUCAGCAGCAAAUCAAAGGCACUGUAGUAGAGACUGAUUUUUCUCCACGAAAAUCCUUGUCGCAGAAACGAGCGUGGAGCAUUAUUGGAUCUGUGCUGCAUCAAACAAGGAGGUGGCACUGUCCUCGGGAGGACAGUUGCCACCUCGUCAUCUGAUUAUGAGUGUUUUCCCGGAGAAAACAGUCUCCACUCCACUGCCCUCAAUUCUUCAAAGCAGCGGAGAGUCAAGGCUAGUUUGUGAAUGCAGGCAGUGUGUCUUUCACUUUAGCAUCUCUGUUGUAUGACCACAUGUCAUGCAUGAGUAACUUGGCCCAGAAUUUCUGAUCCAAACAAUUUGUUACUUAGUGAGCGAAGUUACACCAGUUACAGCUUGGCGCAGCCAUCUGAUGUAGUCUUGGUAGAUGGCCUUCCAACCGAGUACCUGAGUGCCAUGAGAAAAUAUUGCAUGCAUGGUAGCUAAUUGUCGAAAUUACUGCUACCAUGCUAUGGCUUUUCUGUUGCCUGAAGAACUAGGUUUCUUUAAAAUGAGCUUUCACCGUGACAAAUUAUGCUACAUGAAAAAAAAAAAAAAUUUUGUACUGGCUGACUAGAAAAAAAAAAAUGUCAGCGGACAACCGAAUUUUUAUAGUUCUUUUUUGAACAUGUGCACAUAUGUGUGUUGUGUGAAAACUGUGCUGAAUUCUUGUUUUCGUAAUUCCUGUCUCAAUAUUAUUUUUGUCAAUGUUUUCUCAUUGCUUGCGAGAUCAUGUUUGUUUUAAUGCAUUUUCGGUGAUUUGUUUUUAUGAGCAGACUGCAUGAGCUUAAACUUCAUGUCUUUUUUGUUUUGUUUUAUUGAGUCAUCAGUGUGAAGCUAAAAGUGCUCAACGAUGCAUCUUUGUGUUCUGCACAUUUGUUUGACCAAUAUUUGUGUGCCCAGUGUGUUUAGUACUGCUGUUUGUUUGAGUCAUGUUCUUUUCAUCAGUAGAUGUUCAGUAAAACCUUUUUUUUUUUUGUAAUGUC